AUGAAGCAAAAAAAUCUCAAAAUUCUCAUUACAACAACACUUACAGUGUUUAUGAUGCUAUCAUUCUUUUGUUGCACAAACGUUGCAAUUAGCACAACCAACAACCUCAAUCCACUGAUCCUAAUACCAGGUAACGGAGGAAACCAACUAGAAGCAAAACUAACCACACAAUACAAACCUUCUACCUUAAUCUGUGAUCCAUGGUACCCUCCUUUCAAGAAGAAAAAUGGAUGGUUCAGACUAUGGUUUGAUACAUCCGUUUUACUUGCUCCUUUCACAAAAUGUUUUGCUUCUCGCAUGACUCUUUACUAUGAUAAACAACUUGAUGAUUACUUUAAUGCCCCUGGAGUGCUCACACGUGUCCCUCGCUUUGGUUCUACCUAUUCUCUUAUGUAUCUUGAUCCUAGUCUCAAGGUUGUGACAGAUUACAUGGCACCUUUAGUUGAAUCAUUAGAACAUCUUGGUUAUAUAGAUGGUGAAAAUUUGUUUGGAGCUCCUUAUGAUUUUCGAUAUGGUUUAGCAGCACCGGGCCAUCCAUCUCGAGUAGGUUCGAAAUUCUUAAACGAUUUGAAGAAUUUGAUUGAAGAAGCAGCUCUUUCUGCUCCAUGGGGUGGAACUGUUGAUGAAAUGUUUACUUUUGCAUCGGGGAAUUCUUUGGGGGUGCCAUUGGUAAAUCCUUUGUUAGUGAGAAAUGAACAGAGAAGUUCUGAGAGUAAUCUAUGGCUUUUGCCUAAUCCUAAGAUGUUUGAUGUUGAUAAACCAUUAGUUACUACUCCGAGUAGAAGCUAUUCGGCUCAUGAUAUGGUUGAUUUUCUCAAAGAUAUUGGUUAUCCUGAAGGAGUUUAUCCUUAUGAAACACGAAUUUUGCCCUUGAUAGCGAAGAUAGAAGCACCAGAAGUGGAUAUAACUUGUAUUGUUGGGGAGGGUGUGAGAACUCCUGAGGAAUUGUUUUAUAGAAACGGUGAUUUUGAUGAACCGCCAGAGUUUUUGUAUGGUGAUGGCGAUGGAACUGUGAAUAUGGUGAGCUUGUUGGCACUUGAAAAAUUAUGGAAAGAUGAGAAGAAUCAGUAUUUGAAAGUGAUUAAGAUUGGAGGGGUGUCUCAUACUUCAAUAUUGAAAGAUAAAGUUGCAGUUGAUGAAAUAAUUGGUGAGAUUAGUAGACUUAAUUCUAAUGUUCAACUUGGUUUGAGCAAUACUUCUUUUGCUAUAACUGAUGUCAAAUGA